GACGUACAGUCGACAAUAUGAGCAGCUUCGGGCAGAUCCUGAAGGAGAUUGGAGAGUUUGGUUUAUUUCAGAAGCGUUUAGUCGCUGUGCUAUGUAUUCCCAACAUUUUUGUUGCAUUUGAUGCGAUUGGACAAGUGUUUACAGGCAUGAACUUCCCUCAUCACUGUAACACUGACUGGAUCUUGGACCGAGGACCCAACCUGACUGUGGAGAGACAGAUAAAUCUCACCAUCCCUGUGAACAAAGAUGGAAAGUAUGAGAGCUGUGAAAUGUUCACACCUGUGGAUUGGGAUUUGGAAAAGAUUGAAGCAUUUGGGAUUAACACAACAACAGGAUGCAUAAAUGGAUCAGAUUACGAGACACCCAAAGGGGCCUCCAGCAUCGUGACAGAUUUUGAUCUGGUUUGUGACAGGAGCAGUCUCAUUGAGGUUUCACAGUCCAUAUUCAUGGUCGGUCUCCUGGUUGGAGCGUUGGUGUUUGGGCUGAUGGCUGACAGGUUUGGUCGACGCUUCGUGGUCCUCCUCUCGCUCCUUCAGCUACUGCUGUGUGGUGUUGUUGGUGCUUUCUCACCCAACAUCUAUGUCUACAUCGUUAUCAGAUUCUUAGGUGGCAUGUCAAAUUCUGGCAUCGGUGCAAAUGCAUUUGUCAUAGGUGGAGAAUGGAGUGAUUCUUCCAAGUUUGCUCUCUGUACCGUCGCCGCCCACUCUUCAUUUCCUCUUGGACUGAUGAUAAUGUCUGGCAUUGCCUAUCUGAUCCAUGACUGGAGGAUCCUGCAGCUGGUGCUCUUCUGCCCUCUUGUCCUUGUUCUGGGACUAUUUUACUGGGUUCUUCCAGAGUCAGCUCGCUGGCUCCUCACCCAGGGCAAGAAGAAGGAGGCCAUAAAGGAAAUCUGCAGGGCAGCUAAGGUGAAUGGGAGGAAGGUCCCAGAAGACCUGAUAGAGAGGCUGGAGGCUGCAGGAACAUCCAAAACAGGAAACAUGUUGGACAUCUUCAGGAUCUCCUAUCUGAGAAAACGUGCUCUUGUAAUGAGCUUCAUCUGGUUUGCAACUAAUCUGAUGUACUACGGACUGAGCCUGAAUGUCGGCAACUUUGGUCUGGAUAUCUACCUCACGCAGUUCAUCUUUGGUCUCGUAGAAAUUCCUGCAUAUCUGGGCACUUUACCAUUCAUCCAGCACUUUGGGAGGAGGAUAUGUCAAUCUGGGGUGCUGAUCUUUGCAGGAUGUGCUUGUCUUGGGACACUUGUGAUUCCAAAAGAUCUUCCUCAAGUCGUAACAGCCAUCGCUGUUCUUGGAAAAUUUGCAGUAUCUGCCUCUUUCUCAAUAGUCUAUGUUUACACCGCAGAACUAUACCCAACCGUUGUGAGGCAGAAUGGUGUAGGUCUAAGCACCAUGUGUAGUUGUGUGGGGGGUAUCCUUGCUCCACUGGUCAGACUCCUGGACGUCUACCAUUACACCAUCUCCAUGCUAAUAUACGGCACCAUCACCAUUGCUGCUGGAGGUUUCUGUUUACUGCUGCCUGAAACCUGCAAUGUUGAACUGCAGGACCACACUGAACCAAGGGAACCUGAGAAUGGAUCUGCUGAGAUUUCAUGUAAUUUAGAAAAGAGCACAGAAUUGUAAUUCACAUGAGCAAACCAGGAUCAGAGUCUAUAAUAUCAGGAACAGUAGCAUGUUUCCACUUAACUAAUACAGUGGUAACAGUAAUUUGUCAGAUCAACCUUGAUCAGGUGACCAAAAUAAUCUCAGGUUCUAAACAAAUAACUUGUAUCUAAGAUCCCAUCCCUACAAAAUUAUUUAAAGAAAUUCUGCACCUAGCUGAUAGUACUUUACUGAACAUAAUCGACCUGUCAUUAUCAUCAGGAUAUGUUACUUUAGACAUAAAUUAUCUAAUGAUAUAGCUGCACAAGACAACAUUGCCCUUGCUUCAAAUGAAGCAGUCAGGAACUUGGGAGUGAUCUUCGAUCCCGAUAUGUCCUUUAAUUCUCACUUAAACUUAUGUCUAGGACUCCCUUCUUCACUUGCUUAAUAUCUAAAAAAUAAGAUAUAUUCUUCCACAAAAAGAUGCAGAAAAAGACUCCACGCAUUUGUUACAUACAGACUUCUGUCCUUCCUGGUAGAGCGAUCCCUCACAUGUGGCUGUCUCUGAGGUUUCCAUGUUGUUUUUACCCUGUUUAAGGUUUUUUAGUAGCUUUUCAUUACACUUGUUGAGGGUUAAAUGCAGAGGAUGUCACACCUUGUUCAAGCCCUAUGACACAACAUGUGAUUUGUGAAUGGGUUACACCAAUAAAAUUUGAUUGAUGAUUGAUUAAAACUUAGUCGAAUCAUGUUGAAUUGUACUAAUGUUUCAUGUUCUACUUCCAAA